UCAAUCGUAUUGAAGAAAUCGGUGAUAAUUUAUAUGACAACCUUCAAAAAAAGAAGACUGAAAGUUGUUCAAUAUAUAACGCAAAAUUUACUCUCAACAAUAUUCCUUGUGAAAUAGAAUACGACCUAUCACAUUUCACUUUACAAGAAUUAGAUAAAUUGGCGAAUCUUGCAACUGAAAAUUUCAAUGAUGAUAAUAUAAAUCCAAUUCCUACCUCUUUAAAUGAAAAUGAUAAUGAACAAUUCAUUCUCAAUAACGUCCCUUGCGAACCUCUAAAUCUAUGCUCCAUGUGUAAGGAGACUAAUGAUUGUUUCAAUUUAUUUUCUAGCAAAGUUAAUAAAAUCGAAAAAAUUGUUGACAACCUUCAUGAAUGUAUUUCAAAAAGGAAUGAAAAACUUUCUAAAUUUACCGCACAAUUUAGUCUUAAUAAUGUUCCUUGUGAAUUAGAAUACGACUUGUCAAAUUUCACUUUAGAAGAAUUAGAAAAAUUAGGCAAUUUUACAAUACAAAAUUUCAAUGAUAAAAAAUAUCCAUCUUGUACUUCCCCUAAAAAAAACGAGAAUGAAGACUUUGAUAAUGUUCCUUUAGUAUUAGAAUGUAAUUUGCCAAAUUUCACUUUAAAUGAAAUAGAAGAAUCAAAAGAAGAAUCGGCCAAUGACGAUAAUAAUCAUGAGAAUGAAAGUUUUAUUCCUUACGAUUUGUUAAAUUUCACUUUAGAAGAAUUUCCAACACAUAAUUCCAAUGUUGACAAAUAUCCAUCUUGUAUUUCCCCUAAAAAAAACGAGAAUGAAGAAUUUACUGCUGAUAAUAUUCCUUUCGAAUUUGAAUAUAAUUUCCCAUAUUUCACUUUAGAUCAAUUAGAAGAAUCUGCAAUACAAGAUUUCAACGGCGAUAAUAAUCAUGAGAAUGAAAAUUUUCCUUUCAAUCAUGUUCCUUGUGAAUUAGAAUAUGAUUUGACAAAUUCACUUUUAGAAUAA